CGGCCCAUGGUCACCGCACUGGGUGACACCAGACCUAGCGACACUACUAGUUGUUGAAUUGAAUUGACGCACGGCUUCUGAAAAGGAAGGAGUCUGAGAGCGAGACUCUGUUUGAAGGGGCGGGGUUAUCCUGAAAUACCGUGCAGGGGGUGUGUCAGUCAGAGAUCGUGAAUGAAUUGCAGAGUAGCACUGAUUCGAGCUGCUCUGCUGUUUACAUCCAUUAGCCUGGAUAUGUGAGCAUUUUGCGAUAGAAGGAAGAGAAAACUUAAUCAGGGUCACAUGGAAAUGCAGGUAUAGUGCCGGUCUCUCGAGGAGAAGACAAGAUUUGAAACAAAGGACAGAUCACAAAGAGGCUGUUAUUUCCACUGGUCUGACAUGGAGAAGGCGUACUCUGCUGUUGAAGGUCCUCAACAUGUGAAAUAUAAAUGUGAAGAGAGGGUCUCUGAAGAAGUGUGUGAGGAUGAGCAAGAAACAUAUUACAAAAUGCAUGGGGGCCUCCUUUUGAUCCAUGGUAUAGAGGUUGAUAAAGAGCGAUGUAAAUGGAGUUCUGGACAUCUGGAACAUGAGAACAUCUGCAUGAACAAGCAGGAGGAUUGUGAUGGACCUAUGGACUUUACAGUGGACUCUGAGCUGUUGCCUUCCAUCACUGAUGUGCAGAAAAACAAAAGUGUCAACAGCAUAAAGGAAGAAGACCUCAAUUGUGAGUCUGACUGGCAGUGUUCUGAUCCAGAAGAAGAGGGUCCUGGACUAGGUUUGACCCCCAGUAGGCACUGCCCCCUUCAGCAACAUUCUGUCCAUGUGAAGAGGGAAUCUUUGGAAUCUGACAUUAAGUGGAAGGCCAAAGCAUCCGAUUCAAGUCCUUCUGAAGAAGCUUUACCAGCCAAUGGCAGCUUCUUCUUAUCCCCUUUGGCUCAGACAUCUCCUCAGUACAGACCUCAACUGAAAAUGGAAGAUAAGAAUAUGAAGAACCUGACAUUAGCAUCAGAGAAUGGGAUACCCGGCUCUUUGCAGGAUGAUUCUCAGCCGGUGAAGAAACUAAACACAGUAGGUGUGAUCACCACUCAAACUCAGAUAGCCAAUACGGAACUAACCACAGUCCACCAGACAUCGAGGGAAAAGAUUGAAAGCAAAUGUAAGUCCAGAGAUAGUAAUCUCUGUCAAACACAACAGGAGCCAUGUGGGUGUUCUGAUUGUUUCAAGAUGUUCCGACAAAUGAGUCAUCUAAAAAAACAUAGAAUACUUCAGACUGGAGAGAAGCCAUUUUCCUGUCCAGAAUGUGGAAAAGCAUAUACCACCACUGGCAGCCUUCGCAGACAUGUAAAAAUUCACACAGGAGAAAAGCCAUAUUGUUGUUCUGAUUGUGGUAAGCGAUUCACACAACCUCACAGUCUAAAGAACCACAGAAGAAUUCACACAGGAGAGAAGCCAUAUUGUUGUUUUGAAUGUGGAAAACAAUUUACCUACAAGAGUAGCCUUCUGGACCACACAAGAACUCAUACUGGAGAGAAGCCAUAUAGUUGUUCUGAAUGUGGAAAGCAAUUCCGACAAAUUGGCUAUCUUCUACAACACAGAAGAAUUCAUGGUGUAGAGAAGCCACAUUGUUGUUCUAAUUGUGGUAAGCAAUUCAAAGUAUUGCGCAAUCUAAAGGCUCACAAAAGAAUUCACACAGGACAAAAGCCAUAUUGUUGUUCUGAUUGUGGUAAGCGAUUCACAGAACCUCACAGUCUAAAGAACCAUAGAAGAAUUCACACAGGAGAAAAGCCAUAUUGCUGUCCAGAAUGUGGUAGAGGAUUUACCUGUGCUGGCAGCCUUCAGAGCCACAUAAAAAUUCAUACUGGAGAGAAGCCAUAUUGUUGUUCUGAAUGUGGAAAGCGAUUCCGACAAAAUGGCCAUCUUCAUGUGCACAGAAGAAUUCACACUGGAGAGAAGCCAUAUUGUUGUUCUGAUUGUGGUAAGCAAUUCAAACGACCAUGCAGUCUCAAGAUCCACUCAAGAACUCAUACUAGAGAGAAGGCUCAAUAGGGAUGAUACAAGUACUAAAAAAGGCCUGUAACAGUGAAAAGAUCACUUCAUGAUUCAAGUGUGAAGUUCAUGUCAGUCUUGAAAAUACUCAAGCCAAACCAUUGCUGAGAAUUUAACCUCGAUAGAAGCCCUAAAGCAGAAAGCUGGAGGGUGAAGAAUGAAGGAGCACAGGGAGGAGAGAAAUGUGAGACACCAUACUGUUUGAGGCUUGAUGAGUAUCUUCAUGUUGUGGGCUUUGUUGCACACCAAACCUUCUGAAGGUUAAACUAUUUUAAAAAGGAAACCAAAAAAUAAUUCAAGGUGGCUGCCCAUCUCCCUCAAUGAAAGGUGCCCACCCACUGUGUCGGCAACAUUGAAGGUGAUGGUUGUAGUGACAGUGCAACAUCUUCAGAUGAACAGAAGACCUCCAAAUGUGGUGUCAGUCCAAAUGGACAUUAUUUCUGGUCCCACUACAGUGGACAUGGCCAGGACACAAAUGUGAUACACGAGCAAGAAAUGAAGGAAACUUCAGAGAGUGCAGUGGUCACCUGAAGACAAAGCAGGGAGGGAACA